GUUGUCAAGACGUGAUUGGUUGGAGGUUAUGGCUUUGAAGAGGAAGAAGCGACUCGUGUUUCCCUUAGUAUAAAGAGAAAAGUCAUUGUUAGCGCAAUGAGCUUUAUCCUAGUUUUACACGAGUACGGCUUCAUGAAGCUGUUAUUUGUUUUGCUUUGUGUUUUAUCACAAGGCGAGGGCUCCGACGAGUUCAAUUAUGUGACCUGCGGAUCUGUGGUAAAACUACUGAACACCCGGCACAACGUUAGACUCCACUCGCACGAUGUGAAGUACGGUUCAGGAAGCGGUCAGCAGUCGGUGACCGGGGUAGAGGCUGCAGACGAUGCUAACAGCUACUGGCGGAUCCGUGGGAAGCCAAACAAUGCGUGCCAGCGCGGGGCGCCAAUCAAAUGCGGCCAGACCAUCAGACUGACACACAUGAGCACCGGGAGGAACCUGCACAGCCAUCACUUUGUUUCACCACUGUCAGGCAACCAGGAAGUGAGUGCCUUCGGGGAGAGCGGGGAAGGAGAUGACCUGGACGUGUGGGCGGUGCAGUGCAGCGGGACGUACUGGGAGCGGGACGAUGACGUGCGCUUCAAACACAGCGGCACAGACGUGUUCCUGAGCAUCACCGGGGAGCAGUACGGGCACCCCAUCAGAGGGCAGAAGGAGGUCCAUGGCAUGCAGGGGCCCAAUUCCAACAGUCAGUGGAAGACCAUGGAGGGUGUGUUCAUCAAGCCCAGCACUGAGCCCCUGAGACACGAUGAACUGUGAGCUGGUCUGCUGUGUGUUCGGACCAGGAAGGGACUCGUCACCAUGUCCUCAAGUAUGAAGGCUUUUGAAAAUGGGCCCUGUGUGUUUCCCUUGCAUUUUGAAAGAUCAAUGUGAUGCUUCCUGUAGCACACGCUUCUGUUAUUUAUAAUGCUCGGGAGUUACUGUGUUGAAUUUUACUUUGUGUUGAUUUUUUUUUUUUCUUUUAUUAUUGUUAAGGCUGUAUAGGUUGAAAAAGUUUUAAAGAAAAUUAAAAUAUUAAAAAUCUCUCUAAUCGAAUACUGUAUGUGAAAAUCAAUGUAAAAUUUGAAAGAAAAUACAGAAGUUAAAUAUAAAGAUGAAUGUGAAUCCUAAAUCAUUGAAAAAAUGACUGUUUAAAAGGUAAACCACGUUUAUAUUAAAAUGUUUAAACAUUGAA